AUGCCACCGUCACAUCUUAUCAUCGUCUGCUGCCACGGAGUUUGGCUCGGUGGCCCAACCCUCGGCCAAGAUGAAGGCGAAUGGCUAAUCGCAGACUUUCAGCGUGGUGAAACCCCGACUUUUGUUCAGCAUAUUAAAGCUGGCGUAGAUGCCCUCGCUCAGAAUUGUCGUGGUUCUGUUUUGGUGUUUUCUGGAGGACCGACGCGCAAAGAGUCGAGAAUUUCCGAGGCAGAUGGCUACAAAAAUAUCGCAGCCAAGAACAACUACUGGGGACUGCUACACGAUGAAGAUAUCAACGAUGCAGUGUUGUUAGAAGAGCGUGCGCUUGAUUCGUACCACAACGUCCUCUUCUCCCUCACGCUCUUUUAUUCCCACUACAAAAGAUGGCCAGCUCACAUGACUAUUGUUAGUCAUGGUUUUAAGAAAGAGAGACUUGUCGAUGGGCACUGCGCAGCUAUUGGCUUCCCUCUCGACCGAGUCACCUUCAUUGGUAUAGAUCCGCCCGGUAUGGCAGCGUCUUUGAAAGAUCAAGACAAAGAAGAGGCGAUGAAGGGCGCUGCUUUGGCGAUGGGUGAGUGGAGGGAUGAUCCUCAUGGACGAGGGGAGAGUCUUGCUGGGAAGAGAGCGAAGAGGAACCCUUGGGGUGUAUGGCAGGGUGUGUUUCCAACUGAAGAUGACGAUCGUGGUGGUUUGGUUAUCAAGAUGGAGAACGGAAGCGAAGUUGUGGAAGAGGAAGUAGCACGGCCUUGGUGA